GUGUCAGUGGAGACCCAGCAGACAUUGAGCGUCGGUGCCAAGCGUUCGGCGCAAACUUCAUCCCCCCGAAGAAGGCCAAGACAUUCCUGGAGCUGGUGUGGGAGGCCUUACAGGACGUCACACUCAUUAUCUUGGAGGUUGCUGCCAUCAUCUCCCUCGGACUCUCUUUCUACCAGCCUCCAGGAGGUGAUACCGAAGCAUGUGGGGUAGUGCAGGGGUCUGGAGAGGAUGAAGGCGAGGCGGACACCGGCUGGAUCGAGGGCGCCGCCAUCCUACUGUCUGUCGUGUGUGUUGUCCUGGUGACGGCGUUUAAUGACUGGUCCAAAGAGAAGCAGUUCCGGGGUCUACAGAGUCGGAUCGAACAAGAACAGAGGUUCGCUGUGGUGCGUAAAGGAAAUGUCAUACAGAUCCCCGUGGCUGACAUGGUGGUGGGGGACAUGGCCCAGGUCAAAUACGGGGACCUGCUGCCAGCUGACGGUGUGUUGGUCCAGGCCAACGAUCUGAAGAUAGAUGAGAGCUCUCUGACCGGAGAGUCUGACCACGUAAGCAAGUCAGUGGACAAGGACCCCAUGCUGCUCUCAGGUACCCACGUGAUGGAGGGCUCGGGCAGGAUGCUGGUGACCGCUGUAGGAGUCAACUCACAGACGGGCAUCAUCUUCACCCUGCUGGGGGCUGGAGAGCUGGAGGAGGAAGGGAAGGAUAAGAAAGGAAAACAACCUGAUGGAGCUGUGGAGAACAAUCAGAACAAAGCCAAGAAGCAGGAUGGGGGUGUUGCCAUGGAGAUGCAACCCCUGAAGAGUGCAGAGGGAGGGGAGGUGGAGGACAGAGAGAAGAAGAAGACCAGCGUUCCAAAGAAGGAGAAGAGUGUGUUGCAGGGCAAGCUCACCAAACUCGCUGUUCAAAUUGGCAAAGCAGGUUUGGUGAUGUCGGCCAUCACCGUCAUCAUCCUGGUGCUGUACUUCGUCAUCAACACGUUUGUUGUUGAAGGUCAAUCGUGGUUAGCAGAGUGUACUCCGCUGUACGUGCAGUACUUCGUCAAGUUCUUCAUCAUCGGUGUCACCGUGCUGGUGGUGGCUGUCCCAGAAGGCUUACCUCUGGCUGUGACCAUCUCUCUGGCUUACUCUGUCAAGAAAAUGAUGAAGGACAACAACCUUGUCCGUCACCUGGAUGCGUGUGAGACCAUGGGGAACGCCACGGCCAUCUGCUCCGACAAGACGGGGACCCUCACCACCAACCGCAUGACGGUGGUGCAGACCCACAUCGGUGACGUGCACCAUCGUUUAGUCCCGGACCCCGGUCAGAUCAACGCCCGGACGCUGGAUCUGUUAGUCAAUGCUAUUGCUAUCAACAGCGCCUACACCUCCAAGAUCCUACCGCCUGAUGUGGAGGGGGGACUGGCUAAGCAGGUGGGCAACAAGACAGAGUGUGGCCUGCUGGGAUUUGUUCUGGACCUCCAGCGGGACUACGCCCCUGUCAGAGAGCAGAUCCCAGAGGAGAGGCUGUACAAGGUGUACACGUUCAACUCAGUGCGUAAAUCCAUGUGCACAGUGAUCAAGCUGCCUGAUGGCUCCUUCCGCAUCUACAGCAAAGGAGCCUCUGAGAUCCUGCUGAAGAAGUGUUCCUUCAUCCUGGAUACCAAUGGAGAAGCACGCACUUUCCGCCCACGUGACAGAGAUGAGAUGGUCAAACAGGUGAUCGAGCCCAUGGCCUGUGAGGGGUUGAGGACCAUCUGCAUCGCAUACCGUGACCUGCCGGGGAAUCCAGAGCCAGACUGGGAGAACGAAGCUGAAAUAGUGACGGAGCUGACCUGCAUCACUGUGGUGGGGAUAGAGGACCCUGUGCGGCCUGAGGUACCAGAGGCCAUCCGUAAGUGUCAGCGCGCGGGCAUCACGGUGCGGAUGGUGACUGGAGACAACAUUAGCACAGCCAGGGCCAUUGCUGUUAAAUGUGGCAUCAUCCAACCCGGGGACGACUUCAUCUGUAUAGACGGCAAAGAAUUCAACCGACGAAUCAGGAACGAGAAAGGAGAGAUCGAACAGGAACGCAUUGACAAAGUCUGGCCCAAACUUCGCGUGUUGGCUCGAUCCUCGCCAACGGACAAACACACUCUGGUCAAAGGCAUCAUCGACAGCACGGUGUUAGAGCAGAGGCAGGUUGUCGCAGUAACAGGAGAUGGAACCAAUGACGGACCAGCUCUGAAGAAGGCUGAUGUUGGCUUUGCCAUGGGUAUUGCGGGGACGGAUGUGGCUAAAGAAGCGUCUGACAUCAUCCUGACUGAUGACAACUUCAGCAGCAUUGUGAAGGCGGUGAUGUGGGGCCGAAAUGUCUACGACAGCAUCUCCAAAUUCCUGCAGUUCCAGCUCACAGUCAACGUAGUGGCUGUCAUCGUGGCCUUCACCGGGGCCUGCAUCACUCAGGACUCUCCUCUGAAGGCGGUGCAGAUGCUGUGGGUGAAUCUCAUCAUGGACACCUUUGCUUCUCUGGCUCUGGCCACUGAGCCCCCCACUGAGGACCUGUUGCUACGGAAACCCUACGGUCGGAACAACCCACUCAUCUCACUGACCAUGAUGAAGAACAUCCUGGGCCAUGGAGUGUACCAGCUGAUCAUCAUCUUCACCCUGCUGUUCAUAGGCGAGCACAUUUUUAACAUCGACAGCGGCCGCAACGCCCCGCUCCACUCCCCGCCCUCUGAGCACUACACCAUCAUCUUCAACACCUUCGUCCUCAUGCAACUCUUCAACGAGAUCAACGCUCGCAAGAUCCACGGAGAGAGAAACGUCUUUGACGGCAUAUUUGCCAACCCCAUCUUCUGCACCAUCGUUCUGGGAACCUUUGCCGUGCAGAUCGUGAUUGUGCAGUGGGGAGGGAAGCCCUUCAGCUGUGCUCCUCUCAACGUGGAGCAGUGGCUCUGGUGUCUGUUCGUGGGGGUCGGGGAGCUCCUCUGGGGGCAGGUGAUUGCCACGGUGCCAACGGAGCGGCUGCCAUGCCUGAAGGAGGCGGGGAUGAACCUGGAUCCCGGGGACGACGAAGGGGAGGACAUGGCCGAUGAUGAGGAGGAGAUCGACUGUGCUGAAAGAGAGCUGCGCCGUGGACAGAUCCUCUGGUUCAGAGGCCUCAACCGCAUCCAGACCCAGAUGCGAGUGGUGAAAGCAUUCCGUAGUUCACAGUACGAGGGCCGGGAGAAACCGGAAUCCCACAACUCCAUCCACAACUUCAUGGCCCACCCAGAGUUCCUCAUCAACGACCUCAUCCAUAACAUCCCGCUGAUCGACGACACUGACGUAGACGACGAAUCAGAGCUCAGCAGAUACCAGCACCUGCACCCGGCCCUCCGCAAGCCGCCACCCCCUCCCGCCCAGCCCCCAGCCCGCGUACACCCCACCCGCCCCUACCGCCAGUACAGCCUCCCUGUGACUCCGUGCAACAGAAACAACAACAACAACAACAACAGCAGCAGCAGUUCAACAGUCACCUACGGCAACCAAAAAAGCCCCACUGCAGCUACCCCCGGCAACCGGAACCCCCAUCAUCCUCAACAGCACCACCAUAUCCAACAUGGCAGGGACAGGCCGGGGAAACCCUCCGCCCCUCACCUGGCCCAUCUCUACUGUGUGGAGACCUCCUUAUAACUGAACUGAGCGUGGGUCGGGGGGGAGAGAAGGGGAAGGGAGUUUUGGGGAAGAGAGGGCUGAGGACUCACACAUGACAUUUUCAUCCCUUCCCUCACAGGAAGUUAGGGCGAGGGAGGGCCGGAGGGAGGGAGUGGACAAUGGUUGGAGACUUCUGCUCACAACUCCCUGAGAAUAUUGCGACUUUCCCUCCUUUUGCCCUCGCUCCGGCCCUCUGAGUCUGAAAGACCACCCUCGACCGGCCGCUCUUUCCCCCUCUCUGAAGAAACCGCCCCAUCCUGCCUAACUGCAGACACAGAGUCCUGAGUGACAGUGGGUUGGGGAGGGAGGGGGACAGAAACCCCCCCCCCCAAAAUAAACCCCUCACAUUUUACAAGGCUUCAGCCGAACAGGGGCCACGUCAGGGCCAGAGGCUGACCAACUCUGUUUCUUAGAGUUCAUCUCUACCCACCUACCUACCUGCCAUGGCACCAAAGUCACCCCCACCCCUGUCAUUUCUCUGGCUACAGACAGAUACACUGAACAACUGAAACAUUGACUUUAAUUAAAUGUAAUAUGUCAACAGAUUUUACAUAACUGUAUUAGGUUAGCUGAAAGCAAUACUAUUUAGUUUACAUAAAAUAUUAGGGUCAACUUAAUAUGAUUGCUUUCAUCUAAUCUAAUAAAUGAUACAUGUAAUUGAAGUCAAGGUUUAAGUUUUUUCAAUGCUACUUCAGUCCAAAUCGUUUCUUUCUUUCAUCUCUCUCUAUCUUUCAGUGUGUGUAUGUGUAUUGUCUUGUCUCUUCUGGAAAAAACAACAACAAAAAUAGGAAUUGCAAACAGAUGCUGUUCAUUUAAACCUAAUAGUCAAUAGUAUGGCUGCAAAAAACUACUUAAGAAGUGGGGGGGGUACAUAUAUAUACAGUUUGUGUUAUCAUUUGAAUGUGUGGGAAGCGACAGCACAGACCUUGUCCUCUUCACACUCUCCCAUCCUUUGGAGGCCAGUGUUAUCUGUCACUCUGUCCACUGCUAUGAGAGGAUACAGCGUGUAGGAUCUCACAGUGUAGUCAUGGACACACUAACUUCCUCUACCUGCCAUGUUGUGAACUGAUGAGUCAUAUUUAUGAAGUCCUCUUCAUUUCUGUCCCAUCAUGCUGGCUCAAGCCGUUAUGUAGUUUCCUUCACUCCCUUCAUCCAAUCUUCUAGUCCUUCGUUGGUGGGUUUGUGUGUCAGUAGUUUUUUUUGGAAGCAUUAACCCUUUAAAUGCCAUCAAACACAAUGCACAGGCGAUGGCCCUUUAAGACUAACAUGCACUCACUUCAAAGCUGCUCACGUGCCAUCGGGUUGUCUCCAUCGUGUGCCCUCCAUGAGUCUGGAGGACGAGGAGAUUGUUUCAUUUGAUCAGUAGGAUGUUGCGUCCAGUCAUUUUUACCAAGAACUACAAUAAUCACUGGUUGGCGUUGAAUAGGAACCCAUCUUAUUUCAGUUUUAGCUUUAGGCCCAAGGACCCACUCAAUCAGGUUUGACCAAUGAGAGCUCAUGUGUCAUGUCCAUGUGUCAAAUACUGUGCUUUCUGCUUAAUCAUGAUAUUCAAUUAGUUGAUUGAGAUACAUUUCCACAAAAUAUUGGAGUAUUACUUUAAAACUAGGGAUCAAUAUUUUGUCUAUGCUGAUACCAAUAAACACCCAUUUUACCCCCUAUUGCAGAACCGUUAAAUAAAAGUAUUUAUCUGCUAUCAUGAAGGCCCACUGGCAUGUGCAAGAAUUAAAUACAGUGCUCAGGUACUGGCCAAAAUCACCAAACAAAUGUACCUGAGGUUACAUAUAAAACAUGCCAUGUAUUUUUUUCAUGAAAUACAUUAGCCUGUCAUAUCGGAGGAAAUUCCCAUGUAUUAUGUAAGCCUUUAUCUGCCGUUACAAUGACAUGAAUCCCAGAGAGUUAUUAUGCUAAAGCUUUUCAAUGUAAAACAGCAAACCAUGCUGCAUGAGCACACCCCAACGAAACAAAAAAUACCAGAAAACAUUUGGACAGCGCGCCAGUGACAGCGAGCAUGGCGCUUGUGACAUCCCACUCCACCGUCACCUCGCCGACAUUCCAUGGAGCAUACAUUCCAAACAUCACAUUCCAGCGUGGGUGAGAGCGCCCUCCUGUCUCCCAUGAUGCACUAGGUGUGCGUGAACCGCUGACUCCAUGUUGCCUCGGAGCGGGACCGCAGAUCUGGACCCUUCCUCCCCCUGUUGACUUUCCUGAGUUCUCACCUGCUCCUCCCCCCCGAGAAAGGCGCUGGCAGACAUUAUGCAACAGCCCGCCCGUGUGGACCCUCCUGCCCAGCUGGGGUCAGAAACACAGUGUCACACAUGCACACAGAGAACAGUGUGUCUUGCUGGUCUGUGAGGAGGCUCUGUGGGAACACCCGUAUACCUGUACAGAACCCUGUCUUCUUGAAUGCUCAUCAUCAUCAUCAUCAUCAUCAUCAUCAUCAUCAUCAUCAUCAUCAUCAUCAUCAUCAUCAUCAUCAUCAUCACCACCACCUUGCCCUGACGGAGGGGGCCGGGGGGGACAUUGUAUUGGUCUGUCUGUUUUGAAGCAUGCAUUUGAUAUCAUUAAUGUCACUCUUUAUGUGUUGGUAAAUCAUUUAGGCAACUGUGUGCUAUGAUCUCUCCACAACUGCUCUUUCUGUCUCUCUCUCUCUCUCACACACACACACACACACACACACACACACACACAUCCUGUUCAUGCCCAACCUAUUCUAUUCCAGCAACUCUUGGCACAGCUCUAUCAAUGCUUUUCUGCAGUACACCACACACACACACACACACACACACACACACACACACACACACACACACACACACAGAACAACUGGCGGAUAAUCCACAGUGGUGUAAAUUUGACUGUCCAGUCCCUGCCAUCUCUGUCCAUCCGUCCAACCACGUUACAUCAUGAUGUUGUGAGACAGUGUCACAGAAGGCAAAACACAAUGUGAAAAAGAAUAUAUUAUAUUUAUCAAAAUUAUAAAUUGUACAACUGCACCACUACUGUACAGAUCGCCCAAAUGUGCAUCUUUGAUUUACAGGUACUAUGUUCCUGUUACACUUUUUGUUUUUUCUGAUGUUUUUUUUCUUUACUCCUAUUGCUUUCUGUAAAGAGAGGAACAACACAAUGAAAGCGCUUGUAUAUUAUUAUUAUUUUAGAUUUUCUCCAUCAGUGCUCCCACUGAUGGAGAAAGACGGUUGCACAUUCUCCUGAGCAUAUUCUGAGGGCUGUGUUUUCUGUCCACUGAACAGCCCCUGAAGUGUGCAGAGGCUUCUAGUCUCUUAAGACCAGAGACACCAUUCUGUAAAUAGAGAACAGGAGAUACAGAUGUACCUCAUUAUGAUCUAAAGGACCAAGUGGAGACCCGGGGAGGAAGGAGAACUGGAGGGCGAUGCAGAGCUAGAGACUGCAGGAGUGCAAUGCGUCAGUGCGUUGUUUAGGCUGCUCUCUUAGAUCUGCGACAAGUAUUUACUGCCAUGUUAAGAAGGGAAGAACUUAACGUUUUACAUUAUUCAUUAUACAUACUGUUGUACAUAUUGUGUGUGGAAUGGUCCCCCUUCUGGCACAACGCAGUGCUGUUCUGCAGACAGAAAGUGCAGCCUUACCUGUGCUAAAACGAAAAAAGACCAAAAAAAGUAAAACAACCAUAAAGACUAUUGAAUAUAUUAAAGAGUUACCUGCCUGUUAUUUAAGCGAAUAAAUAUCUAUAUAUGAGAAAGAACACACCUGUAUACUGUAGACUAAAUCUGUAUGGAAAUCUAAGAGAAUUUAAUGGGAAUUAAGUCCAACACCUUUUGUCUGUAUGAAAGAUACAUCAAAGUAUUCUACAAUAAUAACUUUGACAAAGUC